AUGGCAAUGGUGCACUGUAAGUGUGUUAUGGUCAACACCAAUAAUAUAAAGCUUGUUCUUGGCAUUGGUGCUAAAAUCAGAUUAAACUAUUUUGGCCUGAUUGAUGCACCUGAUUACCCCACUCCUGCUGCCACCACUCACUGCCUGCAUGCUGUCUCUGUUCUGCCAACUACUGCUGCCACUGCUUCACCACCAUCAUCACUAUCCACCACUGUCUUUCUGUCUUUCCCUGGUGCUGUCAGGGUUUCUGUCUGUCAAAUGACAGAUAUUAGAGCCCCUGUCUGGUUCACAAAGCUGGUUCUGGAGAAGCAAAAGGAGAAGAAGGAGAAGAAGAAGAAGAAGAAGUGGAAGAAGAAGAAGAAGAGAGAGAAGGAGGAUGAUAAUGAUGAUAAAGAUGAUGAUGAUGAUGAUUAA